AUGUCGUCCAAGAUCCGAGGCGCGCCCUCCGGGCACAAGGCGCGUACUCGGAAGACCGUUCAGACUGUUGACAUCAACCCGCUCUCAUAUGACCGCACGGACCCAUUCACUGCGCUCAAUGUGCUGCGCCAGCUGUUGGCGUUGCUGGCGUCGCUGCCGGCCAGGAUUGGCGGGUGCCAGUAUAAGCUCUCUCCGAUCCUGGACGAACGCGGGACAGAGCCAGAGUCUAUUCCAUCAGAUAUUCUUACAACCGAUACUGAUCUCGAGUCUACGGACGAUGAGCUUGGGAUGCAUGUCAAACAGGAGCGCUUCUUGGCUGCUGCUUUGGCGAGAAUGACUGCUCUCGACUCCUUGACCUAG